UGUGCGUGUGUGAUCGACAAGACUUUUGAGCCUUUAAUCAAAAGUGCUUCCGUGGCCUUUUAGCGACUCCAUGAGUUAUUGGUGCAGAAGGCAAGAUGAUGAACGAUUGCUACUAGUCUACUGCAUGCGAAUGCGCAGGAAAGUGUGCGUGAUUGUCCGCACCGCUAUCGGUAUUAGAAAUAGUUCGCAAGAAAAGCUGGACUGAUCUGGGAUGGUCAAAGCAUGUCAGUAUUGUGGGUGGGGCAUAUUGGAGGAUCUUCGAGGCAUGUUUUGAUCAGAGGUGGUUUCCGUUUUCUCUGUUUCGGCAUGGCUGAGGAAAGGAAGAAUUUAAGCGGUGGGCUACUGACAAGUGAAAUCGGCACAGGAUUCUAGAACUUGUUUACCUGGUGCUCACGAGAGUGCGGAGAAGUGCAAGAAACGGUCAAUUAUACUUCGCGGUUGUCUGCUCGAGGUUUACAUCACAGACUUGCCCUGGGUUGAGUACUUUGCGUUGUGGACGAUGGCAGACAGCUACAUUCUCACAGCUUUGAAUCCUCUCCUUUGCAGUUGGAAAAAGCCUUCCACCUGCUUUUCCGGCGCUAGUGUCACCCGGACACCCACCCAGAUUAGAUCUUCCAUACUUUUCACGACUGAGAACAGAAGAAUUUCCAGUCCAAUUACUACUCCUUUGCUCAAAAUUUGGGGCAACUUUUCCAGUUGCCGACACUGGUCCGUUCAAGGUCGCAAACCUUGCCAACAAGAAUUCGUCACGGCGAUUGCUGCCUCUUCAAGGGAGUCGGGUGCGUUCGGUGCAGAUGACAACGAGGGGUUCAAAUGGUCGGGAUAUAGCCCAAAAGAUGGAAAUGGUCUGUAUCCAUGGGAUCCCUCUUGGGAUUCAAUUACCCUGGACGAUUUACAGUGGGUUCAGGAAGAUGUUGUUACGUUGUUCACCUCCGAAGGUGUUGUGAGGAUCGGAGGUUCGCGGCUUACAGCACGUCGGGCUUCAGUGACUGAGAACAAGCAGUUGAGCAAGCUAAGGCGCUAUCGUGAGGAAGACUACAUGGAUCCGAAGCAGGGUUUGUGUCUCGGGGCUAUAUUUGAUAUUGCUGCGACAAAUGGGUUGGAUAUGAGUCGACGAUUUUGCGUCUUUGGUUUCUGCCGCUCCAUCGAAAUGUUAAGUGACGUCGUAGAAGACACUGUUCUAGAGCUUGGUGGCGAGGUGCUAGUUGCCGAGAAAGAGACAUCCGGAGGUCUGCAUGAAAAGCUUAUUAUGACUGUUGCAAUGCCUGCUCUGUGGGGAGUACCACCGACUGUUGACAAGCUAAAUUACGCCAUCAGGACUGGUGGAGGGAUCGUUGAGAAGACAUACAAGAAGUGGGAGUUUUUUUGAUGUACAUAUUUAACUCCAAAAGUCCUACAGUAGAUUGUUUUCUCAUGUAAUUGUAAAUUUGACUCACAUUUGUCAUGGUUGCAGUGUCUGCAACAAUGACUUGAGGCUGGAUAAGUGUAAGAUACCUAAAGUCCGGGCCUGUACUUUGAAACUUGGAUUGCUUAAUUGGCAAGCGUCUGUCAGUGUAAAUUUGUACAAGUUUGUAACUCAUAAAAACAUUGAUUAAAGCCUUCACAUUUUGAAGGCUUGAUAGAGAGGGGUUUGACACAUUCUUUCUAACAUUGAUUUUUAUUGUCAUCUGUUGUCAUUUCGUGGAUAGAGAAGGAAAUAAAGAAUUGG